UAUCUCCAGAUUCUCCACUCUUCUUGUGGCCCCAACACCCUUGUGAAAAGAGAUAAGAUUCUUGUGCCUAACAAGCUUUUCACAACCAAUGGUGACCAAAAAGAGCCCUGCAACAUAACUCAUAAGUCACAACCUUUCCAAUCUUCCAAGAAACUCCUUCCACCUAUCUUUUUUACUGUUAAAUAAUCAUCUAACAAAAAAAAGUCAAAGUACAAAAUAAACAUGACUGAACUCAAAGAGGAUCAAGAAGAUCAACAACCAAAAAACCAACGUCUCUGUGAUUUUUGUAAUGAUAAUAUUGCACUUGUUUACUGUAGAGCAGAUUCAGCUAAGCUUUGUUUUAGCUGUGACCGUGAAGUUCAUUCUACUAAUCAGCUUUUCACUAAACAUACACGUUGGUUACUAUGUGACCUUUGUGAUACUUCACCAGCUUCUAUAUAUUGCAGUACAGACAGUUCUGUUUUUUGUCAGAACUGUGAUUGGGAAUCACAUAAACAACAGUUACAUGAAAGGAGACCACUUGAAGGUUUUACUGGAUGUCCUUCUGUAACUGAGUUGUUGUCAAUUCUUGGUUUUGAAGAUUUGGGAAAGAAAGAACUUUUGUGUGGUGACUACUCUUGUGAUGGAGGUGUUGGUGGAUAUGGUUUCUCUGAUUGGCUUGUUUGGGAUACUCCUUCUGUUGUUAGUCUUGAUGAUUUGAUUGCUAAUAAUGAUUCUGUACCACCCAAUUUUCAAGCUAUUGGUGUUCCCCCUUUGCCAAAGAACCGAAAUGCUGCAUGUGGGAAACACAAGGAAGAAAUACUUUCUCAGCUUCGUGAACUAUCAAAGUUGGAACCAAAUUCCACUGAUGAGCAAGAUGAAACUGUACCAAUUAUAGGAUUUCAAUCUAUGGAACCUGCCCAAAUGCGUCAAUCGGGAUUAAAAGGUUCAGGUUUUAUGCAGAACUCAGAGCAACAUGUAGUUCCUUCGUCUGAGGGAAGUGGCUUUCAUUGGUGUGGUGAUACUGGCGAAUUCGCAGAUCAAGGCUUUUCUUCUUCCUUAGCAGAUUGCUUCAUUGAGACAAAGUGUUUACUUCCCGACAGAGAUUCAGAUGUUGGUGAUACUUCCGGUGGAGCAAAGGAAGAACAAUCUCAUAAUCCUCCUACUGCUGAAACAUUUCAAAUGGUACCUAAAGUUGCUCAUCGAGAGUUAAACAGCCAAGAAAGAGAGACUGCCGUGUCACGGUACAAAGAGAAGAAGAAAACAAGGAGAUAUGAGAAGCAUAUUAGGUACGAGUCAAGGAAGGCUCGCGCAGAAAGUAGGACGCGAAUCAAGGGGCGUUUUGCCAAGAUGGAUUACAAGGAUUCCUCAUUGCAUCAGUAGUGUAAGGUUAUCAUUUCCAAAUAAGGUUGCAAAAGCAAACAAUCUAGGACAUUUUGCUGGAUCAUCGGUAUACUGAAUGAAGGUUUUGUUAAUUCUGUCAUGUGGACUGCAAAUCUUUUGUCAGCUCGAUCGCCGGUUCUAUAGAGGCAAUAGGGAGUCUUUUCUUUCAGCAUGUGUUUAUAAUCAUUUGUAAAGCUAAAGUUGAUAAAACAUGUAGCUUUCCUGAUAGAGAAGGGAAGAAAGUGAGAUUUAGUAUAGAUGUUUCAUCUAGCUUGCUGUGGUAUGUAGGCUUUUGCUGUUCAGCUCGUACCUCAUUAUAAUGUCUAAUCAAAUUAGUCGACUUUUGCAUUCUAUGUUAACAGCUGGUUUGUAUAUUGUUAAUUAUUUUGUUAAGCUUCA